UGUACAGUUUGCUUAUCCAAUCAAUAAUUUAGUUGGAAAACAGGAUUUUCAUGCAAAAUCUGCAUGCAACCAUGCCUGGAAUUGAAGCUGCUUCAAGUGAUGAAGAUUAUAUUAUUACAAAAGCCAAAGAAGCUCAGAAGCAUAACAUACAUUCUGCAAAAGCAUGGAUGCUUACAGCAAAAACACUAUUUCCCACAAAUUUCAAGAUACAGUUUGAGGCUUAUCUGAUGGAGAAACAAUCUGGUAACUUACAGGAAGCAGCAGAGUGUUUCACUUCUUUGAUGUUGUCACGUCAAAAUCUUCCAGAACUUUUACCAGAAAUAUCGGCCAUCGCUAACGCUCUUAAAACGGCAGAAUCUAGUUUUUUGAGUCAAAUGUUUGACAAAAUAUGUCCCGAUAUACAACUAACAAUAUUAAAGACUAGUGUAGAGAACAGUGAUGACACCAUGGAGCACUGUCGGUUGUUGGUGUUAUUAUUGAAGAAGUUUCCCCAACUUGGAGUUGACAGUCUGGUAAAAACAUUAAUCAAUGCAGAUAAAUUCUUCAGUGACAAUAGGUAUGCCAGGCUCCUGGUUGUGGAAACUCUGCCCCUGCUUAGCUCUUUAGAAUCCCCCAGAUUGUUACAGCGGUUACUGGUCAAAGCUAUUGAUUUUUACAACUCUUAUGUCUAUGAUGAAACAGAACAUGAUAUAUCAGACCCCUGGCUAAGACUCUAUGGUGUAUUAGAUUUACUUGGAAGGCAACUUGGCUGGGAUCCUUAUCUGAUUAAUUACAAUAAUAGCUUAAAUAAGGAAGCAUAUUUUCAAAAGCUACUGACAUUAAGAAGUUGCGAUGAUUGUCGUCAAUUGCUGUAUUGUGGAACCACUUUCUUCUUGAGAUCACUUUAUGAACAAAAAUCACAAAAAGGAAAUCAUAUUCUUAUUGAAGCCCUAGCAGAUCCAGACAUAACACCAUUGAAGCGAAGAAAAUCGGAAAUAGAAGUUACUGGAGUUUCAUCAAAUCAGUUCCAAGCUGCAGCCAGUUGUUGGGAGCUGCUGCACAGUAAUGAGGUGAUCUCCCGGGAAUUCAUGAAGUUAGCUAAUCAGUUGCAAGUUAAACCUUGGUCUGAUGGAUUUUCUGAAGAAUUGGCACUUUAUCAAGGAAGAUAUGAUGAAACAGUUCAGACAGUUCAAGGGAACAAUCUUGCUGCUAACAUAAUGAGAGUAUCUUUUAACUUUUUCCAUAAAAAGUAUGCAGCAUGUGUGGAAAGUAUACUGGCAGCCCUGCCACAGCUGCCGUCAGUCGAGGGUGCCUUAGAGACAGAGCUGAUUGUUGGUGGCACUCACAGACACCUACACUUUUUGCCGCUUACUAAAGUAGCUAUUAUGCAUUACUUCUGUACCCUGCUUAUAAGAAUUCUGCUCAGCACAGGAAACAGUUCGGAUUUAACCUAUGGCCACAUAUUAGUAUUGAUGCAAUUUGGAUGGCCUCAGGAAGAAGCUAUUUUUAUGAACAUUUUGGAUAUUAUAAAACGAAAGGGUGUAUUUCACUAUCAUUUAUUCUCAGCAUAUAUUAUACAUAUAGACAUACUAGAGGAGCUGAGUUUUAUGUGGAAUGAUCAGAAUAAUAGUGUAGCAUUGGAUAUUUUACCAAAUUCCCAACAGCAUCUAGGACAGAGAAGGAUCGGAACCAGGGGUGCAGAUAAGGGAGUAAAGGAAGAUUUUAAACAGGCCAUGAAAGCCCAAGUUGCGAGAAGUAAUGAAUCUAUCUUAAACUUGAUGAUACAGUUUAUAACAUCAGAACGGUCCUACCUACUUCAAGUUUUAUGAUUUCAAUUUACAUAAAAAAAAGGUUUUUAUUGUAAAAAAAAGUGUGCUUUUAUUAUAAGAUAUAAUUAAAAAGAUUUAAUUUUAACA